AUAUAUUCUCUUACACAAAAGCCUUCCAAAACCAAAAACAAAACUAAAAGCUUCACACCUUUUUCUUCUUUUUAAGUUGAUAACUACUAAACAUGGCAAUCACAACAAAUGUCCUCGCAACAAGCAACGCUGUCAAAUUGGAUGCUGUAACUGUAAGCUUCAUCUCUUCUUUCCCUGGCAAACUCAACCACUUCUUGGCUCGACGCUUGCCACAGUCGACGACACGUAGAGUCCAAACGUCUUGCUGUUAUCGUGAAACGUCAUUGAAAGCUGUGACUCUGUUUGAGAUGCCUGAGACAGAAACAAGUAGUGUCAGUGACGGAGUUGAAAUUUUACGUUUCUUAAAAGGAAAAAACUAUCUCGUUACCGGUGCAUUUGGGUUUCUUGGUAAAGGUAAGACAAAACCUAAAACAGGGUUUUCUUGUUGUCCAAGUAAACUGAUUUUCGGACUGAUGUUUUUAUUUUUAUUUUUUGUUGCAGUGUUGAUUGAGAAAUUACUGAGGGUAAGUCCUGAGAUUGGGAAGAUCUUCCUUCUGAUCAAAUCCGCAGAUCAAGAAUCGGCCAACAGGAGACUCUAUGAUGAGAUCAUAAGCUCGGAUCUGUUCAAGCUUUUGAAAAAAAUGCACGGGAGCUCUUACGAAGCCUUUAUGAAAAGUAAGUUGAUUCCAGUAACUGGAGACAUUGGAGAAGACAAUCUCGGGAUCGAACCUGUAACAGCAGCCAAGAUUAGUGGUGAGAUUGAUGUCAUUAUAAGCUGUGCUGGUCGCACGACAUUUGACGAUAGGUACGACUUUGCUUUGAAUGUCAACGCUCUUGGACCUGGUCGGCUGUUAAGCUUUGGCAAGGGCUGCAAGAAUCUGAAAUUAUUUCUCCACUUUUCAACUGCUUAUGUGACUGGUAAGAAAGAGGGAACAAUACUAGAGACUCCUCUCUGCAUUGGAGAAAACAUAACUUCUGACUUGAACAUCGAAUCCGAGCUGAAACUAGCUUCAGAAGCGGUAAGAAAGUUACAUGGCAGUGAAGAAAUCAAGAAACUGAAAGAACUUGGUAUGAAAAGAGCUCAACACUAUGGCUGGGAAAACACUUACACUUUCACAAAAGCUAUGGGUGAGUCUGUAAUCCACAACCAAAGAGGAGAUCUGCCUGUGGUGAUCAUAAGGCCUAGUGUUAUAGAAAGCUCUUACAAGGAACCUUUCCCUGGCUGGCUCCAAGGAAUAAGGAUGAGUGAUCCAAUUAUCUUGGCCUAUGGCAAAGGCCAAAUUUCUGACUUCUGGGGAGAUUAUAAAUCUUUAAUGGACAUUAUACCUGUUGAUAUGGUUGUUAACGCCACAAUAGCAGCCAUGGCAAAACACAGUCGUGGUGUCUCCGAGCUCAAAGUUUACAAUGUCACUUCUUCAUCUCAUGCGAGCCCCCUGCGAGCUGGCGAGUUGAUGGACCUCUCUCAUCAACAUCUGUGUGACUCUCCAUUUACAGAAACAUUUAUGGAGCUAGAGCGUAUGAAAUUCCACAGUUCCUUAGAGGGUUUCACUUCCUCUGCGUUCAACAGAAUAGCAAAACAUGAAAGAAAGGUUAAGAAUGAAAGAGGGGAUGCAGAGUCACAUACCGCAUUGAGCAUGAAGGGAAAGAGGAGGCUGGACUAUUUUGUGUCCUUGGCAAGAACAUAUGAGCCUUACACGUUCUUUCAAGCUCGGUUUGACGACACCAAUACAAAGAGACUUAUUCAGGAGCUGUCAGUGGAGGAGGGAAAGAUGUUUGAGUUCGAUAUCAGUGGCAUUGACUGGGAGCAUUACAUUGUGAAUGUUCAUCUUCCAGGUCUCAAGAGGGAACUCUUUAAGGAAAGAUCCCGUUAAAGAGAGUGAUUAAAUAUUACAAGUGCUUGAGUUCACCUAUUUUAAGAUUUGAGUGUAACUGUAGCCUACAACCAAAUGUUGUUUGUUUGUCUCUC